GCCAUAGUGACCCGUCACUAACCCGGGGCCCACUGUGUGGGGACUCCGAGAGCCCGAAGAGGGGCGUGGCAGAGCCUGCAGCUGGGAAGAGCCGUGCUGACCAGGCCCCCUCCUCCCCCCGCGCCUGGGGCCACAGUUCAGAUUAUAAGCGGAUGAUUAUUGGAGUAUGGAUAUGGGUAAUCAACAUGCUUCGAUCACAGCCCUUCAGGAGAUUCAACGGAAGAUCAAAGACCUUGAGCAGAAUGUGGCUAGCUUCAGUGGCUUACAGAGUGACCUAGAGUACAAAAGAUUAGAGAAAGCUCUGACCAAACAGCUUUUUGAGAUUGAAUCUAUAGACACAGAAGGAAAGGGGAACAUUCAGCAAGCCCGCCGAAGAGCAACCGAGGAUGUGGAGAGGCUUCAUAAAGAACUGGAGAAGACUGCAAACCAUCCAUGUCGGCUGGAGAUCGAGAAGAUUUUCAAGGAGAUGCAGAAUCUUGUAGCUCAACAAAUAGGUCCCUUGUAUGGAGGGAGAGGAUGUAUCACAGAGGAGUUUGAAGAAGGCGUUCAGACCAUUCUUAUGAGACUUACUCAAGUCAAGACAGAAGGAAAAGCUUCUUUAAGAAAAGCCAGAUAUCGCACUUUAACUAAAGUUCUCGCCAUUCAAGAGAUACUUGAAAAUUGUUUGAAGCAACAGGUCCUGGCUCUUCCCCUCUUCACCGAUGCUCAUCCAUCCAUAUCUAAAAUUAAUUGCAUUAUGUGCGAAGUCAACAAGGCUCGGGCCAGCCUGAUUGCUCUUCUUGCCGGUGUCAAUGAAUGUGAAACCUACAGACACUUAUCUUGUGUACUUUCUGGGUUCAUAGCAGAACUGGAUGCAUUAGAUGUUUCCGGCCACGUAGAAGUUAGGACAUACAGAAAAGAGGUGGUUAAAGAAAUUAACAACUUGCUCAAGUACCUGGACCUUGAAGAGGAAGCCCACUUCACCAGCGCCUAUGAUCUGGCCACGAAUCAGUCCAUAGUACAGAUAGAAACCAUUCGCGGACGAUUGGCCGACAUAAAAGCCAGGCUCUUCGAAAAACAAAUUAACAUGUCUGAAAUUCACUUGGGGACCAAGUCCGAACUUCAGAGUCUUAUUGCUCAGUUGGACGAAGUGAGCGUAGAGAAGAACCCUUGCAUUCGAGAGGCAAGAAGGAGAGCGGUGGUGGAGGUACAGACUGUCAUCACGUACAUUGACCUCAAGGAAGCUCUUGAAAGGAGGCACAACCUUGGCGAUCCGGUCAUUCCAGAACACCUAUCUCACGUUGCUGUAUGGAAAGUUCUUGGGAGCCUAUCUGAGCUUCAGAAAGAGGUCCUGUCAUUUGAUGGCAGCAGAGCAGAUAAAAAUUACAAGCUGCUAGAAGAGCUCCUCACCAAGCAGCUACUCGCCCUAGAUGCCAUUGACUCACAGGGCGAUGAACGUUCAAAAAUUGCAAGGAAACAAGCGGUAAAGUUUGCCAAUAAUAUCCUGAGCUACCUGGAUAUGAAGACAGACGAAUGGGAAUAUUAGGACUUGCUUUAACGAAGCUUGUACAACAUUUAUGAUUGUAGGUGGUCAAGUUUAUACAAAUUGGUGCACCAAAACUGGGUGCAAAACCGUAUUUUCUUUAUAAAACAUUGUGGGUUUUUUUUUCUGUCUUUAUUGUCCCAAAGAAGCAUUCCUCCACAUAUACAGUAUGACGGAGAUGCUCAACCAGAACAUAUCCAAAAAGCUAGUUAGUAACAUAUAAGCCCAUGUACGCGACAACCUUAUGGGACGUGGGGUUUCAUAAUUAUUGGGUUCUAGCCAAUAAGCCAUUGGUUUCUAGAAGUUCAGUGUUGUUCGCUGUCGUUUGCGGCAUGUGAUUUUUGCUGCCACUUUAUUGAUUGUUUAUCAUAUUCAGUUCUGUUAUUCUGUAGCUGUUGGAGAGGAAUAGACAUAAUUCUCAUUAUAAAGGGGUUGUGCACUUUGGACCAUCCUUUUUUAGAAGGGUGCCUCCACAAUAAACCGAUCACUUAUCACAUUCAGCAAUCAUUUGUGAUCGGUAGGGAAUCUGACAGCAAUUUUUUUGUUUCUUACAGUGCCUCCAGAGGCAAUAUGAAGCAUUACAUUAUUCUUAUCAAAAUUGUGCACUGUAUUUCUGGUUUCUGAAAAAUUAGAGCUGCAAAUGCUAGAAAAAGAAAACUCACCUCUUCACUCUCUCGCUCAUUCCACCUCUGACCUUGUAAUGAAUUACAAGUGGCUGACACAUGACAGCAGCAGCCAAUCAAUGGCAGCAACCGUCAGUCGUACUACUUGCAUCAUCGCUUAGAGAUGGGAACCGUGAUGCCUAUAGUAUGGUACAUGACCUCUGAAGCCACUGCUUGGCUGCAGCAGUCACAUCCUGCCCUUUUAUUAACAAAGGCAGGGUGGAGCGUCAUUGAGUCUGCUGGAUUGGCCAAGGAUUGAUUAGAUGAGUAAUGUUUUAUUUUUUUUUUUAUUUCAUUAUGGUUGUGGCUCUUUGUCCUGCAUAUGAAUAGAGAAACGGUCGAGCAUGUGUGCUCCCUCUCCGUUCAUCUCUGUGGGGCUGCCGAAGAUUACAGAAAACACUGUAAUCAGCACUUAAUGUCAGUCCUAUGGAGGCAACCAGAGAUACAGUACACAUGUGUGACUGUCGCUCCAUUCAUUUGGCAUACACAGGACCCCCAUUCUUUUGGUGGGGGUCCCAGCAGAAGGAGAUGAGUUGACAUCUUGGCACAUCACAUAAAGCAUAUCAUUCUUUCUUCUCCUCCUUUGGGGCCUCCUUCUCUAGGCUGCUGUUUCAGGGUGAUACAAGGUUGGGGGAAAAAAAAGGGUCUUUUAUAAUACAGUGUAUCUGACCCUUUAAAGGCUAUGUACACCUUUAGGGGCAAUUUUUGUAUUACUGCAUUGCACUUAUUUUGAGCUAAAAAUAAUUUUUCAAUUGAUCGUUAUUAACAAUAUGGAAUCCUUUUUUCUGUACAGAGCUUAGAUACUCUAGCAGCAGCCUGUGGAUUUUCUGUCUUUUCCGUCAUCUGAGGAGCAGACGGACUCCUUAUCUUUGCUCUCUCACGUUAUAAACGCUUAUUAAAGUUCAGUCCUUAUCUUACUGAUAAGCGUGUGGCUUAAAUAAGUGUUUAUGACCUCUCAGUAGUUAAGAGAUAACAGUUUUUAAAUGACCUGGCACAAAGUGAAAGUACCAGCCACACAGAAAAACUGUUAACCCCUUGUGACAGAAUGGCUCAAUAUUUUUAAUAAAGACCAAUUGAAAAAAUAUUUUUUAGCCAAAAAUUAGUAAAAUGCAAUUAUUUAAAAAAUGCAUCCAAAGGUGUACAUAGCCUUAUUUUACCCCCUACUUUAGCUUGGUUUUCCAGUACUUCAAUAUUGAUGGCCUAUCCUCAGGAUAGACCAUCAAUGUCUGAUUCUCUGCGGUCUGACUCUCCACACACCCACCAAUCAGGUGUUUACAUGUAGGUGCGGCGCCAGAUCUACACAGUGGACAGAGUUAGUACUGCAGCUCUGCUCCCUUUCACUGAGUUUGUACUGCAGCACUGCAGUAAUCAGCUCCAUCCACUACACCAGGGAUCAGCAUCCCCCGCCACUCCCAGAAUCCUCCAUUCACUUCUAUGGGAGUUAUAAGAACAGAUGAGCAAGUGUGCAUACUAGGAGUUGUAGUUUCAUAGUAGCUGUAGUGCCAAAGGUUGCUGAUCCCUGCACUACACAAUGGGUGGAGCUGUGUAGAAGCUGUUUAGGAACAGCUGAAUGGCGGGGGUGCUCGGUGUUGGACCCUCGCCAGUAAGAUAUUUAUGACCUACCCUGAGGAUAGACCAACAAUAUUAAACAACACCUUUAAUUUCAAAUGCCCUGAUUUAAAGGGGACCAUAUUCUUGUUUAUACAGCAGGUUGAGGGAAAUCCUUUUUAUUCACCAGCAUAUCUAUGACCACAGAGUGAAAACAUAUCCUAAUACAAAUGCUAAUAAGGUAGGAGACUUUCCUUAAAGUAAACCCGCACCCAUUCAUAUUGCAUGAUGUGUUUGAAGUGUUUCUUUACAGGAAUUUUUUAUUUAUUUUUUUGUAAGGCAAUACCUGCUGGCCUAUGAGGGAUCUAUGGGCUAUUUUACUUGUAAAGUAUGUUGUACCGCGCAGUACUCCGGGGAGGUGGCGAACAUUAAAAACAGCAAAAAAGUUGACUGUGCUGGAAAAAAAAAGUAUAAAUGUGCUCUCACAUUGCAGCUCUUGGCUUAUUGUAUGGCCUGCAGCAUUAUUGUGCAACUCUUGUCUAUUAAUGAUUGUAUUUUUAUUUAUUUUUUGGGCCGCUAAUCUGGAACCAGCAACUGUACUGACCUUAUCCGCCAUUAAAAGAUGCAUUGUUUU